AAGUCACUCUCUUGAGUUUACACCUAAUUGCAGCAUUUUUGCUUGCGUCCUUUCGUUGAGUCCGCUCAUCACGAUCUUUACUGGCCUCGGCCGUCCUGUCAUUCAAAUCGCGUUACGUUGUUUUCACUGUUAAUAUCAUAAUCAUGUAUCCAUCGACCUUCAAUCGUGUCGCUUUUGCGGCUGGGAUUAUUGCCUCGACGGCUUCCGCUGCUUUCAACAAUGCUGCCAAGACCAAUGUCGCCAUGUACUGGGGACAGGGAAGCAAUCAGAUCUCGCUCGCUGAAGUCUGCGUUGAUCCUAGCAUUGACAUUGUUAACAUCGGGUUUGUGAACCAAUUCCCAUCAAAGCGAGGCGAAUAUCCAGGAACGAAUCACGCCAACGCAUGCGGCGCGCAAUACUACAUCGACCCGACCACGGGAAAGGAAAGUAAGCUUCUUAGUUCAUGCCCUGGUGUCGAUAAAGCUAUUAUGGCUUGCCAGAGACGUGGCAAGAAGGUCAUGCUCUCCCUUGGUGGUGGCUGGCCAACGAACUACACCCUGCCGACUCCAGAUGUUGCAAACUGGUUCGCUGAGUUUCUGCUCGGAGCCUAUGGACCCCUCACACCAGAAUGGAAGGCAGCCAACAAGCCCCGUCCUUUCGGCGAUGCGGUAAUUGAUGGCUUUGACCUCGACCUUGAAGCCGCAGAGUGGGACGUCCCUACCCCCGAUCUUCUGUACAAGAACUACGACGUCUUUGGCAAAUAUGUUAAAGCACAUUCGGGCAUGCUCCUUUCCGGUGCUCCCCAAUGUGUCGUUCCCGAUGCUCGUAUCUUCAUCGCCCUCCAGCAAGUUCCUUUCGACAUGCUCUUCACUCAGUUCUACAACACUGAGAUCUGCUCUGCCGCCAAGGCUGUCAAGGACAUGAAGGCAAACAAACCUAGCACAUUCACAUUCAAGACAUGGAUUAGCUGGUUGAAGGCGAACUCCAAGAACCCAAACAUCAAGCUUUACCUUGGAUUGGCCGCCGGUCCAGAAGGUCUUCCCACACACAAGAACCACUCACUUACUCCCGAGGAGGCGAACUACUUGAUCGAGACUUACAAGGGAGACAGCAUGUUUGGUGGUGUUAUGCUUUGGGAAGCGACAGUGUCCAAAGAAAACCCCACUUAUGGUCAGUCUUAUGGUACAUGGAUGAAGUACGCCGUUGAGGGAACUUUCAGGCAGAUGUACCACCCUGUCGUGUCUUCUAGCACUAUCAAGCCUACGAGCACCGCAGCUUCUACUACCAAGACAUCUUCGAGCACACUCGGCACAUCUACCAAGGUCACGUCCACUACUCCGGCGUCGAGCUCCGUAGCUACGUCCACGAAGAUGUCCUCCAGCACUAUGGCUACUAGCACCAAGGUGUCCUCCUCUGUCUACGCUACUUCAAGUGCAUCUUCUUCUAGCAGCAGUUCCGUCCACGCUUCCUCCAGCUCCGCUGUGGAUGUCUCUUCAUCUGUUGCCUCCAGCUCAGCCUCAGUCCCAAGCAGCAGCUCGGUCUAUGUGCCUGUCCCAACUGAGAUCUCCAGCUCCGUCAACACCGUCAGCAGCACUUUCAUCGAACCCUCUUCAAUCGCCACUAUCUCCGCGUCUGAGACCAUCAUCAGCUCUGUUUACGGCCCUUCCCCGACUGAAAGCUCUGUUGCGACCAUCAGUAGCACCUUCAUUGAGCCCUCGUCAAUUGCUACCAUCUCUGCCUCUGAGACCAUCAUCAGCUCUGUUUACGGCCCUUCCCCGACUGAAAGCUCUGUUGCGACCAUCAGUAGCACCUUCAUUGAGCCCUCGUCAAUUGCUACCAUCUCUGCCUCUGAGACCAUCAUCAGCUCUGUUUACGGCCCUUCCCCGACUGAAAGCUCUGUUGCGACCAUCAGUAGCACCUUCAUUGAGCCCUCGUCAAUUGCUACCAUCUCUGCCUCUGAGACCAUCAUCAGCUCUGUUUACGGCCCUUCCCCGACUGAAAGCUCUGUUGCGACCAUCAGUAGCACCUUCAUUGAGCCCUCGUCAAUUGCUACCAUCUCUGCCUCUGAGACGACUGUCAGCUCCGUUUACGGCCCCUCCCCAACCGAGAGCUCUGUUGCAACCAUUAGCAGCACCUUUAUCGAGCCUUCUUCGAUCGCCACUAUUUCUGCUUCCGUCAGCAGCUCGAUCUACUCGCCGCUCCCGACCGACAUCACAAGCUCCGUAGAGACUGUCAGCAGCACUUUCAUUGAGCCUUCUUCCGUUGCCACGAUCUCCGCGUCCGAGACUGUGAUUAGCUCUGUCUACUCUCCUCUUCCGACUGAGGGUCCCAGCUCUGUUGAGACGAUUAGCAGCACUCUCAUUGAACCAUCUUCGGUUGCUAUGAUCUCUGUAUCCGAGUCUAUUAUUAGCUCAGUUUACUCUCCUAUUCCAACUGAGACGGCCAGCAGUACUUUCAUUGAGCCAUCAUCAGUUCUCACAGUUUCUGCAUCUGAGUCUGCCAGCAAGUCGGUCUACGUUCCCUUUCCUAGUGAGACCCCAGUCUACAGCGGAUCCUACCCUUCGGCCUCGACCUCCAGCGAGAUCCCCUCCAGAUCUUCUCCUGAGGUUGCCUCUUCUACCCCUUGCACCACCUCAAGCGGUCUUUACUCCACUGGUGCUUCCUCUAGCUCUGUUUACGAGGCGUCUAGCACUGGUCUUUACUCUGAGAAGACCCCUGAAGCUACUUUUUCUACACCCUCCACCGAGUCUUCAGUGUCCGCCACUGCAAUUUACUCUACUAGCAAGGGCGCAGGCUACCCAGCUUACCCUGUUGAAACCUCAAAGAGCGACGUCGCCUAUCCUGCUGCCUCCAGCACUGGCUACAGCAGCGCUCCCCCCUCCGUAACCAAGAAGCCUGAGCAUUCCGAGUACCCAAGCGUCCCUACAGGAUCCACCACCACUGUUGUCACUACUACCUAUGUCGAUGUCUGCCCUACCGGUCUUACCACCAUCACAACCACCUACAUCGCAACAGUUUGCACAAAGUGCACUAAGCCCACCCAGUCGACCGAUGUGCCGGAGGGUUGGACUACCAGUGUCUACACCGCCAGUACCGUCACUGUGACGCUCACCAAGCCUAUCGCGACCCCCACCGAUGUUCCUUCAUACCCCUCGUCUGCUCCUUCCAUCGCAUACCCAGCAGACUAUCCUGUUGCGCCAGUGUCAUCUGACAAGCCCGCAUACCCUGUUGUUCUUGCAUCCUUAAAGGCGCCUGAGUACCCUAGUGUUCCUGCGCCCUCUAAGGCUCCCGAAUACCCAGCUGCUCCUGCAUCGUCCAAAGCUCCCGGAUACCCUGUAGCUCCCGAAUCCUCAAAGGCUCCUUCACAACCUGCAGUACCUGCGUCUUCCAAGACACCUGGAUACCCUGCAGUUCCCGAGGCUUCUAAGGAACCUUCAUACCCAGCUUAUCCCGCUGUGCCCGAAGCUUCCAAGGCUGCUUCUUCUUCAAGCUCCCCCGGAUACCCGUCCUACCCCAUUGCUUCCGAGUACCCGAAGAAGCCAGUUGAGCCGGUCGAAGUUACCAGCACUAUUCGCGUCACACUUACCAAGGUCCCAGCCUACACUCCUGCUCCUUACCCAACUGCAGGAGGCGCCUCUUACAGCCCCGUCGCUCCUGCCAAGAACGCUACAAGCGCGUAUGCUCCCAUGCCUACUGGUACUGGCAAGCCUGCCAUGCCUUCUUCGUACGUGCCGUCGGAGUUUGAAGGCGCUGCCAACCGUGCUGGUGUUGGGCUUAUGAUGCUUGUUGGUGUCGUUGGUGCUGUCUUAGUUUUGUAG